CCCCUACGUUUAGGCGCGACGCGAGGCGCCGGAGGAUAAUUGGGCGACGUAAAACCGGUUACCGAUAUGUAACAACAACCAGCAAGAAAUUGUAAGGUUCGCCGACCUAUCUCUCGUUCCUUCCCUCGCGUCUUCUCUUUUUCCUCUCGCGCUGUCGCGUCGCGUUAUUCGGCUAGCUCGUCUACGCGGUCACGGCUCCUGGUAACCGCGCAAAAAACGCCUCAUUUCCUUUGGAUUUGUUCGUCUCUUUCUCUCUCUCUCUCUCUCUCUCUUGACGAUUCGCCUUUCGACUCGUUCGGUCCCGUCCCGCCUCGUAGGCUCUGACAAGAGCACUUGCAGACAUCAACGCGGACAAAUACUAUAGAGAAAUAGUCCCGGAAACGCGAGCGACGCGCGCGGGUGCAACCCUCAACCUCGGAAUGCCUUAUCCGUUUUUCAGAGAACCGAGACUAAUCAUGUUGUCGCAGCGAUUGCGCUGGCUACUGCCGGCACUAAUCGUGUCCUGGAUGAGUCUGCAGUUAGGCGCGGCUCUACCGGCUCGCAACGGACCCUCGCACGUGUCAGCGAACACGUUUGAUCCUAGCGCGGCCACUCGGACGAUCGCCCGCCAGGACCACGAUGGACGCGCGCAUCGUCCUCCGAACGGCAAAAACGAGACGCAGUCCAGCCACAAACUGGUCGCUUCCCCGGCCGGACUUUUGCGGCCCGACAAGUUUCAGUUUUAUACUUACGACGACAAGGGCGAUAUGAUUACGCGGCAGAUGACCGCUCAGGAAAUUCAAGGUCUCAUCGCGGCAGGUGGGGCGGAUCACGUCACGAUGGACAGGCAGGAGCCUCAAAAAGCCGACGACGUCCUGACGGGCGGCAAGAAGGUCAUGGAUGUGGUACAGAAGGUACAGAACGUGCUGAAGAGCGCACUCGAUAAGCCACCGACCUUAACGGGCACGAUACCGAAGAUCCCGGAGCACGCCAACGUCGAGUGGAGCAACAUCCUACCUUCGAUUCUGUCCGGCGAGACGGACGCGAUCUCCCCGAGCGGCGAGCCCAGUCAAUUCUCGCACAAGACCACGGCGGACAAGGUGCAGGUUGAAUCGACGUCGAAACACCCGGUGAAAAAACCGGCGACGCCGGACAUUCAGACGAACGCGUACGCCGGCUUCACCAAUAACGUGCCGGGGAAACCUCAGCACGGCCAUCACCCGCAGCAGACCGAGAAACCGAUGAUCCCGGUCCCAGUGAUCACCCUGAUGGAACAGAAGCUGUCCACGUUGCAAUCCGCAGUCACCGAAAGCCCCGACUUCCAGAUAGUCAGCAUGAUUCCGGUCGAGAGUGUCGGGAUCAAGGGGGGCCAGGCCGACUCGUCUACGACCGGUGGCAGUGCCGCGAAUUCGGCGACCACCCAGCUCCCUGGUCAGACCGAGGCGGGUCAGACGACGGAACAGUACGUCGAAUUAGCAUUGUCGGAAGCGCCCGAGGACGCGACAUUCCCGCAGCUCACGACCUUGGACGUGCACCCUGCGGACGUAACGAAGCAGACGACUACGAGCAACAAGGUGGGUCAAGGGACGGAAGCCUCGGCGACCUACUCGAUGACCACGCCGGGCGCGUCGACACAUUCCUCCGCCACGAAGGAGACCGCAACGCACGGCGGGUCCAGCGAGCUGGCGAGCGCGACCGACAAGAUCUCUCCCUCGAACGCGAGUUACGUCCUCGUGCAGAGUAAGAACAGCACGAAGGUAUCUGGCGAUUGGUCGCUCGCGUCUGCCGUUACGAAAGGAUCUCAGGCGCACGACGACGAUAAGACGAUCCCGCAAAGCAAUACCCUCGCCUCCCCGACAUCGAUUUCCCACGCGUCUCCGAGACCCGUGGAGGCGUCUAAGGAUACCACGCCGCACUCGCCGUCCACGCUCGCUUCCGUCACGAGAAUCAAGGCCCCGACAGUCCCGGCGCCCUUGCACACGUUCACCUCGGGCCAUUAUCUCGGCGAGGGCCUCUCCGCGCUUACGAAAGAGCCGCCGAGCCCGGUCACACCGACGUACGGGACGAGCUAUCAUAAUCCUCUGCCGACCGACAUUCAAUCCUCGCCGCCGCUAGAACCGUUACCCACGCAGCUAAUCGAUUCCUUCUCCAGCGUGAUAAAUCAAGUUUCGGAAGUGAAACCGCCUGUCUUGCCCCUGUCGUCCCCGACGAACGCAAGGCCGCAGCAGGUACCGAUCGGGAACGGUAAUUACGAUCAGAGGCGCAACGUGUCCGAGAUGUUCCACGGCGCGGGCCACGAGAACGUCAGGCCGAUCAUUAAUGCGCAAACCUACGUGGCCGUUACCACGGAAAUCCCGCCGCGGGACACAACUCCCGAACUCGUUGACUAUUCCGUGAAUUAUCGGCCGCUCAGCGGGGAAUCGAGCGGCGUUUCCUCGAGCUCCCGGAUCACGGCGACGACGGUCCCAGCUAGGAUCGGAGCGACGAAUAACAGAGUGGCGAGCAAUAAUUUAGCCACGACGCCAGCGGGGCUCAAGUCGACCAGCGCGACGAUUUCGGGAUUAACGGGAUCAACACCCUCGUUCGUGCAGCUUCAACUCGAGAAGACGCACGCUACGGCCGCGGCUCCGCCGGCCUUGGCGAGUCAGGCCGAGAGCUCGGCGACACCCGAGUACGAAAGGAUCUCCACGUCAACGGCGCCCGUGGCAGUCAAGACGCAGUCGGCUGCCACGCCGAUCGACGCGGGUCCUUCUUCGAAUAAGCCCACGACGACCAACGAAUAUUUCGACAACACCCUCGCGAGCUUGAACCUGAGCGAUCCGGUGUCCGCGAUCGAUCAAGUAUUGAGCAUCGCGCCGCUGCCGUUCAGCAUCCCCGCGAUCGAGCCGAUCGGUUUGCCCAUUAACGCACCGAAUCUCGUAGCUAGCGGUUUGGCGAGCGGCCUCAUCGCCGGAUUUACAACGGGCACGCUGGGCGUGUCGACGGAGAAAAUUAACAGCGAUCAAACGGUUAAGAACGUGUCGGACGAGCACGUGAAGCUCGUCCAAGAAUCCGUCGAGAAUGUGACUAAACCGCACGCGGUGACCGCGGGACCGAAUCCAACCGAUCAGAGGGAAAGAAACGUUACGCAAUCGACGCAGGAGACACUAACGGACCCGGUUCGAAACGGUACAUUAAUUUACGGCGCGCUAACGCGGACGAAGGAGUCGAAUAAGACCUUGGACCCAGGUAAAUUGUCGAAUAGCGAUGAGAGAAUCGACGAUUCUACGAAGGCGUCUUUAUCGUCCCCGGCGAACAAGUUGGCGAACGAUGAAUCGAAGGACAGCGCUGGGCAGAGCGCAACGACCGUGGGAAUCGUUACCGUAAAACCUGAGCAGACGACAGCGACGGGCGUAUUCGGUACUCGGUCGCCAAGCGUCAACAAAACGACGAGCAACAACCAGAAGAAAACGGAGAGCAAGGAGAGGAUAAAAACGACGGAAGCGCCCGUUGUGAGGACAGAUUUGAGUCCAGAGUUGUCUCAGUCGUCCGUGAAAGUCGCGAAUGAUACCAGAAACUCGGGACACGCGGAGAGCGGCUCGAAAAUCGAGGCGUUGGGCGAAAAGCACUCGCCCGUGAACGUUUCAUCAAUGACGACCGUGACGAUUCACUCCGUCACCGAUUCUACCCCGGAGUCGUACAGCUCACACGUAUACAGCAACUUCACAGCGGAUACCUCCACUUCGGACGCUGUCGGGCCGAAGAAAAAUUCUACCGAGCCUACACUUUUGCAGUAUCCAAGUCGCGUCACCAGCACGGUUGGCUACAAAGACGACACGCAGAAUAAAAAAGAUGAUAACAACAACGACUCUUCUCCCCCAUCGGUCCAAGAAUAUACCGAUAGCUCGAUCAAGGUCGUCACGCAAGAGUGGACGGGCAACGCAAGUGGGAACAAGAGCGAUACUUUACGGCCUGGCGGCUCUGCCGAUAGUACGGCAAAUCAGAAUGUAGAGCAGACGGUCAAUGCCGGGCAUUCGAAUAAUAGUACGGAGAGCAAGAUCGCGUCUUCGAAACAUUCCGAGAGUACGCCGAAGCCGGACGCGACACGCCUGCAAGCGUCGACGCCGCCGUCGAGUGUUCCGGUCCGCCAGACGAAGCCCACGGCCGGUCACAGGCCGUCGGAGAAGUCCGACGUUACGAAGACCGAUGCGGAUGUAACUGCCGAGGACAAGUGGACGCUCAUAUCCCAUCAACAGGUCCCAUCGGUCAUGUCGAAGCUCCCGAAGCCGCCGAAGCCACCGAAGCCGCUGAGGAAACCAGCCAAUCACGCCCAGGCGCCGUCGUCGUCGUUGCCACCCUCCAACCUGAAUGACAGCGCCCACGUUCGUUCUCCAGGAGCCGAAGCGGCGGCGCAGCAGCAAGAUCAGCAGCAGUCCUCGACGCAGUCCUUCCUACCGCUGGACGCGUCUCAGAGCGCGAUCGGCUUGGACAUCACUACGAGACACACGAGCGCCGACAUCGUAAACUUCGCCAAGCUGUGCAACGAGUUGGCCUUCAAUUUCUGGGUGGCCACCAACAAAGGUCUGAGCACCGCGAGAUCGCUGGCGUUAUCGCCGUUCGGCAUGACCAGCUUACUGGCGAUGAUCUUCCUGGGCGCUCGCGGCCCGACGUCCGACCAGAUGAACGAGGUGCUCGGUCUGGACGACGUGGCCACGUUCAAUCCGCACCUGGUCUUCCAGAACAUUACCGAUGCGGUGGGUCUGGCCCGCGGCCAGGGCAUCGCGAACGCCGCCUUCGUCCGCGAGCUGUUCGCCGAUAAGAUGAAGGUCAGGAAACUCAUGCCCUUCUACAAGGAGCAGGCGCAGCAAUUCUACGAGGGCCUCGUGACCGAGGUGAAUUUCGCCACCAUCAGCGAUCUCGUGCGCAGGAGAACGAAUCUGCUGGUCAGGAAGCAGACCGGCGGCAGGAUCAAAGAUUUUGUCAAGACGAACACGGUGCCGCUCAGAUCACCUUUGGCCGCGCUCUCCGCCAACGUGUUCCAGACCGAUUGCAACAACAGUCUGACCAGUUCAGCCGGCAGGGACGGCGAGCUGUACUUUGCCGUCUCGCCGGCUGUCAGGCAAAGGAAGCUCGUACCGGUCCCGGCUACCACCUGGCGAUCAGGUGUCUUGGCCGGCUACGAGCCCAACAUCGACGCUACGGCGGUCGCGAUCGGCGGCAGCGACAAAUUGGUUUCGACCAUCUUCGUAUUGCCGGGUCAGCAGGGCCACACGGCGCCCGGCGACACCCUGGACCGUCUCGAGCAGCGCCUCGUCAGAAGCGCGUUCCGCGACGGAGCCUGGAACAAGCUCCUCAAGGUUCUGAUACCGAGGCACGGUCUCGAGCUGCAGGUGCCCAAGUUCAGUCACAGGUCCGUCGUUAACGCGACCGCCGCCUUGAAGAGGAUGGGCCUCGACGAGCUCUUCUCGGGUAACGCCGACUUUAAGGGUAUCAACGGCGUGGGUCACCGUCUACACUUGGCCGACGUGUUACAGAUGAAUCUAUUCAGCACUUGUGGCGACGAGAAUAUUCUUAGCGGCCGACAUCACGUGGAAACGUAUCCCGCGAGUCCGUUGAGAAGAAACGUUGGACGACGAAUGGAGGACGAGAAUUCCGGUAACGUCGCUGAGGAUGACACCUCGAGAUACCGCGUCUUGUCGCAAGCGGACAAUGGCGAUUCUUACGCGGACCAAUCGCGCACGGAUCGGUACGGAUUCUACAGGGAGGAGAGGCAGCUCUCCGCAUCGCUGGAGAGACCGAGAUUCAAGCUCGACAGGCCCUUCUUAUAUUUCGUCCGGCACAAUCCCUCCGGUAUAAUACUUCACAUGGGACGUUUCAAUCCGCGAUUGCUGCCCUAAACAAAGGCUCGCUAUCCUCCACCGAAUGCCAUUAAUUCGAUCCUGUUCCUUCUAUUCGACAUCCACGAAUUCUUGUACGAUCGAGGAAAACAACCGGCCUCUCGACGCAAUUGCUCAAACGACUCGUUCUCUAUUAGUCGGGAGAUACAGCGCGACACGGUAUCGCGGCUCACUCUUUUUGAAUAACGAAGGUAGGACGUGUGCUUGGCAUGUUCUAGAAAAUUUGUAAACAAUUUUGCCUAGAGUUUAUUACGUAUUAGUCUCUUCAUCGUCUUCACCUAGAGAUAAGUAAUUAGCACGGUAUCGUUCGCGGCACGUUAAUACAUGUCAAACGGACCCACGGCAUUGACAUGGAUCUUAUCACUUUAUGGUAUAUUUAGGGAGUGGUUAAACGCAUAAAAAUAACAGACUGAAGAACGGAAAAAAGAAAGACGCUACGAAGGAGGAAGAUCUUAAUCGCGGUCCAAAUGAUCAUAAUUUUUAUUUUUAUUAUUAUUAUUAUUAUUAUUAGUGUUGUACUUGUCUUUUCAUGUACGAGCAAAAUGUGACGAUUAGCGCGAUCGCCAGCGAAUGUCAAACGCAAACUUUGAGUGUCAAUAAUCUAUUUGGACCCUGAUUGACAUACGCAUUCUUUUUAACACGACCAACAAUUGUGAUACUGAGCGUUGAAUUUUUUGUACAUUUCGUAGAAUUAAUCUGCUAGGAUUACGCGUUCAGUCCACACGCACGUGCGUUGUACACGAAAAAUAUUUCACUGUGUAUUCUCUCUCAACGAGGACUUGAUGUCGAACGGAUGACGCGCUGAAUAAAAGCAACAUCUCUCGUUCGUUCUGCCGUUUUCAAAAGCAAAUUCCACGCUGGCUCUUUGGGCAUUACCGUACUUGUGAACACAAGAUAAGGAGACUGCGCUACGCGCUGAUAUCGCGCAACCUACCAUAAAUAAUUGUACGCGAACUUCUUUCCCUAUACAGAACAAUUCCGAAGCAGCGACCGACAUUCAUAUCGGCAUUGUAAAAUAUAUCACAAUGUAGAAUAUAUAACAAAUAGCGAAAA